GAGGUCAAUCACAAGAUACUUUUCUACCAUCAGUACCUCGUCCUCCAGUCACUAUGGCCAGAACUGAAUCUAGGUUCCAAUCAUGGCCAGUAUGUGGCAUAUGUGGGAAGCAGCACCCUGGCAGAUGCAGAAUGGGUCAGGGAGUGUGCUACAGAUGUGGACAGCCGGGUCAUUUUGUCAGAGAAUGCCCGCAGGGUGCCACCCAGCAGUUUGUGCCUUUGGCAUCCUAUCCUUCUGUGCAGAUGGACAGGCCUAGUAGUAGGGAGCCUGUAGGCAGAGGUAGAGGUCAAGCACAAACAUCACAGCAGAGUGCUGGACCAUCUCAACUGUCAGCUCCAGUAGGCAGAGGGCAAGGAAGGGUGUUCACGGUAAAUCCACAGGAGGCACAGGCAUCGAAUGCAGCUAUGACAGGUAAUUUACUCUUUUAAAUUCGAGGACGAAUUUUAUAUAAGGGGGGGAGGAUGUAAUAACCCCAAAAUAUUUUUUUUUAUAUAAAAAGGGAUAGAAUAGUCCUUUUCAAUUAAUAUAAGGGGUAAAAUAGGAAA